GGCCUUUAACGCAAAUGACGGACGGCGAUGUUGCUGAGGAUUUGCGGCUACCGCAAACUGUGAUUGGUCGUUUGGUGAAGGAAGCAUUACCACCUGGUGUUAUCAUUUCUAAGGAUGCGCGAACAGCGAUAGCACGUGCUGCAGCAGUCUUCAUUUUACAUGCUGCGACGUAUGCUCAAGAAUGUGCAGUAUCUAAUAAACGCAAGACAGUUACUGCGGUGGACGUCCUAAAUGCUGUGCGAGUUUUGGAAUGCGAAGAGCUAGAGAAACCGGUAAAGGAAGCAGUAGAGAUAUGGAAAUCUAAUAAACAGCAAAGGAAUGAAGAAGCCAAAAAACGAAAGGCAGGACGCGUGCAAAAUAAUGAUCCAGCUAUGCUAGAGAUUCUAAAAAAUGUUUCGCAGAAAGAUAGAAUUCCUGCAUCUUCCACAGUUAAUACAAUCGCCUCAGAUGAACCCGAAACGAAGAAAAUGUUGCUAGAUGUUAUGGAUCAUGAAAGCUAA